AAACUUAGACUCAGAAAAAGGAUGGUGAGCGUAGAAGAACGCGGGGUCCUGUAUGAGCCGAACUGGUUGACAGGGGACCCGGGCGGCUAUGAAGAAACGACCGAAGUCCCGCUAAGCGCCGUCUCGGAGACGACCGGGGAAGAGGAGGUGGCGGAGCCUCUGCAACAGAGCGACCUCCUGCGACCUAUCCUCAUGGACAUCGCCAGGCACGGACUCAGCCACGCGUACGAGAAAUACCGCAAUCGGGGCCAUCCGAUCUGCAGCGGUGGAGGCGAAUGCAAGCAGACGCAGAAUCCCAAGAACAUCAUCGUCGUAGGUGCGGGGAUGGCGGGGAUGGUGGCCGCGUACGAGCUCAUACGAGUCGGCCACAACGUGACGAUACUAGAGGCCCAAGACAGAGCCGGAGGCCGAGUACGCACCUACGACCACAAGGACGGCUUCAAGAAGGGACUUCACGUGGACGCUGGGGCCAUGAGACUGCCGAACCGACCUGGAGAUAAAUACAAGGUCCACUUCCUCACUGACUACUACACUGAGGAGCUUUUCAAACUGGAAGUGGUCGACUUUGUCAACAGCAACGACAACACGUUCCUCAAGUUCUACAACUAUCCCCUCACACAGAAAAAGGAUUGGGAUGAUGCAACGUUCUCUAAGCUGUGGCCAGGGUGGGAUCGCACCAUUCGACUGACCGGAGCCAAGUCCAAGUACAACAUCACCAACAUUGAUACCUACUAUGAGCUCACCACCAAUGUCGUCAUAGACCAGCUCCGUAUCCUCCUGGCUGGAGUCGUCAGUCCAGCAACGCGCUCCGCCAUCUGGGGUAAGUGGGUGGAGACCUGGUCCCACUUCCCACUGGACGGGUUCCUCCACUCCACCAAGGAAGCCGUACUUGAACGAAUCCCGGCCGACUAUCGUAUCGGCCUUGACAAGCUCGGCGAACUCCUGCCUUGGCCCGAGGCAGCCGUCACUGCCUACGAGGUGUUCUCCUACACUCCUGCAAUGGACACCAGUCUGGUCGAGUUUCUCCGCGAGACUAUGGGCCACUGGUGGACGCCUCACAUGCACACCAUCAAGGGCGGGAUGUCGGGGCUCCCCGAGGCUUUCAAGAAAGAGUUGAAGAAACACAUCAAGUUUGGGUUCACGGUGACCGAGAUCGAGUAUGAGUCGCCGUCGGACGACCUCCACAGGAAAGUCACGGUGAAGGGGUUCAAGGAGAGGAAGAGUGACGGGAAAGUUGUGCAAAAGAGCAUCGAGGGGCACGCUGUCAUCGUUACUACUCCGAUCAACAUCCUGAGACAGAUCAAGUUCACCCCAGCAACUUCCGAAUCCAAGGACAAAGAUACGCCAUUGAUGCCGAUGAAGUUCUACAAGGCCAUCGAGGACAUCUGGUACGGGCCGUCGUCCAAGAUAAUGCUCCAGUGCAAGACGAGGUUCUGGGAGACAGAGUACCAGAUCCAGGGUGGGUUCACCAAGACCAAUCUCCCCGUGGGCCAGAUCCACUACCCCAGCAACCCCGGGUUCGACACCAUUCCUAAAAGAAUAAAGGAGGGAAUUCUUCUCGUGUACACCUGGAAGUCUGAGGCCCUCUUGUUUGGUGCUCUGACCCCCGAACUGGCCGUGGCUGAAGCCGUCGAUCAAAUUGCGGAGAUCCACCCCCAAAUCAGGGAGCAGUUUGAGUUUGGUGCAAUCAAGGCCUGGUACAACGACCCUGCCGAGCAGGGAGCCUAUGCCCUCCUGAAACCACGGCAGGUGCAGCACGUCAUGUGGCUCAUGUACCCGUGGAGGAACAUCUACUUCGCGGGAGAAGCCAUCUCGUUUGCCAAUGGAUGGAUCCAGGGGGCCUUGGAGUCUGGGCUGAGAGCUGCCUACCAGUUCUAUGCUCGAACGAGAGCUCUGCCGGACAGUAAGUCGCUAUGCCAAAUGGAACAGAUUAGAGACUUGGAUAGCAGAAAAUGAAACAGAAAGUAGUAUGUAUUAGUGCCUUAGGUGCCUUGUGCUGUGCAGAGUAGUUUGUUGCUCAUUAUAAGUAGUGAAUGAUAGGAUGAAAUGCACUUUACACCGCCUCGGUCUAUAACAAUGUUUGUCCAUCAGUGAACCCACAAAACAGACCUUCCUCAUAUAUAGUGACUACCAGAGUUACAGGAGAUGC